AUGAAUAUGACUUACAAGCUGAAUGAUCUGACAGAGGAGAUUUUCGGCCAUUUGUGCAACGUGGCACUUCACAAAUGCAGUGAUAAGUCGGAGAAGAAACGAGCCGGGUGUGGAGGCAGGGCGAUGCGAAAAAGAGUUCUAAUCAAAAACUUCGUAUCGGACCUCUUCAAAAUGCCCAAAAAACCGGCGACAUCCCGCGAACAAGACAUGGCGUCGUCGGAUGAGGAGUACGAUGAUUACGAUAUGUCGGAAGUGUCGUUUUACGAGGAGGACGUCGACGAGUUCCGACUGGAAGACCUUUCUCAAUACGAGCAUCCCCACCAUCAUCAUCAAAUGUCUCAUCAAAACGAGCUGUGGUGUCAUCAACCGUAUACCACCACUGAAAUCCAAGGUGGCUUCGGCACAAUGACCUCAUUGUCUCCAGCACCAUUCCAUGGCUACGAGAUGUCUUCUGGAUCCUCUUCAUCAAGUUACUCCUCAUCAUCCUACGGAUCCUACGAGAUGUACGGUAGCUCCAUGUCUGAAUCGGCGACUGAAGGUGACAUGCCACUGGCAAGCGAUCCAUUGGGCACGACUUCUUACGAGACGUACCCGGUGACCAGUAUCCACGGACCUGGCUCAUUUUUCCCCGGAGAUGAAUAUUUCUUGGCGGCGGCGAGGCGAGAGGUUCCAGUCUAUACUUCCUCCUCUUCCUCCUCAUCAUCAUCCUCAACAUCCCCGGAACCCUCACGUGAAGACACCCACGAGCUGACGGACCUCGACGUGGCCACCGGCGAAUCUCACGCCAACAAGAAAAAGCGUCGAAGCACCGAACUCUUCAACGACGAUUUCAACGUCGCAUUCCAGAAGCGUAUCAAGAUCUGA